AUGGCUGAAGAUAAACACGAGAAGAAUCAGGUUCCCACAGGAAUGCCCACCUUUGGUGCAUCCGGGAGAAAGAUAAUCUAUGAUGAAAAUGGAAAACCUUGCCGUUCAUGUAAUACCCUAUUGGACUUCCGGAGUGUUACCAAAAACUCUUCAUUGGUCACACCCGCAAAGGCAGCUGCAGGUGUUGCUGCAACCUCUGCCGCAGGUACCACAGAUAUCACCGCAAAUGAUUGUCCUCCAGACGUUGAAGAACUAGGUAGAUCUACAUGGACUUUGCUACAUUCGAUUGCUGCAACGUACCCUGAAAACCCAACUCCUGAACAAAAAAACUACCUGAAGAGCUUUAUAACUUCGUUUUCCCACUUAUACCCCUGCUUUUACUGUGCCGAUGAUUUCAGAGAGAACAUUAGAAAGGACGAGGUUAAGGUUGGGAAUAGAGACGAAUUUGGCCAAUGGUUGUGUGAUCAGCAUAAUAUCGUUAAUGAGAAAUUAGGCAAGCCAAAGUUUGAUUGUAAGCUAUGGAAAGAAAGAUGGAAAGAUGGAUGGAAAGAUGGUAGAUGUGAUUAA